CCGACGCGGGCAAAGCAGGAGCAGGAGGGGAGGGAGGCGGAGCGGCCGGGCUGAGGCGAAAGGGGAGCCGGCAGCGCCGUCCCAGAGAUGAACAAUGACCAUAGUUGACAAGACAUCUGAGUCCUCAAAGCCUUCGGCUUCUGAGAAACAGCCUUUCAGCUCCGUGGCACCAGCUUCUGGAGAAAUGGACUCGGGCUCUGCAGGAUGGGGUGCUGUGUCUUCUUCUUUAGAAGCUCCAAAACACAAAAUAUCUUUGGGGCCAGUGCCAGGAGCUGCAGUGUACUCUAAUUCAUCAGUACCUGAUAAAUCCAAGCCCUCGGCUCAGAAGGAUCUGUCCGCUGUUGGUGACGGCAUUACUGCCCCGCAGAAGGUCCUCUUUCCAGCAGAGAAGAUAUGCUUGAAAUGGCAAAAAACACACAGAGUUGGAGCCGGUCUCCAAAACCUUGGCAACACAUGCUUCCUCAACUCUGCACUGCAGUGUCUGACCUACACCCCACCUCUUGCCAACUACAUGCUUUCCCAUGAACACUCCAAAACCUGUCACGAACAAGGAUUUUGCAUGAUGUGCACCAUGCAAGGUCACAUCACCCAGGCGCUUUCAAACUCCGGCAAUGUCAUCAAGCCUAUGCCUGUCAUAAAUGAUCUUAGACGAAUAGCAAAGCAUUUCCGUUUUGGCAAUCAGGAAGAUGCACACGAAUUUCUACGGUACACCGUUGAUGCUAUGCAGAAAGCAUGUCUGAAUGGUAGCAACAAAUUGGACAGACAUACCCAAGCUACCACAUUCAUUCAUCAAAUAUUUGGAGGAUACCUAAGAUCUAGAGUAAAAUGUAUGAACUGCAAAGGAGUUUCAGAUACUUUUGAUCCAUACCUAGAUAUUACAUUGGAGAUAAAGUCAGCUCAAAGUGUUAACAAAGCUCUGGAGCAGUUUGUCAAGCCGGAACAGCUGGAUGGUGAAAAUGCCUAUAAAUGUAGCAAGUGUAAAAAAAUGGUUCCUGCAUCAAAGAGGUUUACAAUACAUCGGGCUUCAAACGUACUCACCUUGUCCUUGAAACGGUUCGCAAAUUUCAGUGGUGGCAAAAUUACAAAGGAGGUGAAAUACCCUGAGUAUUUGGAUAUUCGGCCAUAUAUGUCCCAGCCAAAUGGAGAGCCAAUUAUUUAUGCAUUGUAUGCUGUUUUGGUACAUACUGGUUUCAGCUGUCAUGCAGGACAUUACUACUGCUAUAUAAAGGCCAGUAAUGGGCAGUGGUACCAGAUGAAUGACUCCACCGUCUCAAACAGUGACAUCAGGACUGUAUUGAAUCAACAAGCCUACGUGCUUUUUUAUAUCAGGUCCCAUGACAUGAAAAAUGGCGGCGAACACAUUCAUUCCGUUCACACUCCUGGGCAGUCUUCUCCUCGACCUGUUAUCAAUCAGCGGGUGGUCAAUAAGCAGACUGCGCCAGGGUUUAUUGGACCACAACUACCCCCUCACAUGAUUAAGAAUUCGAAUCAUUUGAAUGGAACGGCAUCCCUGAAAGAAACUCCCAGCAGUUCUGUGGCAAUUGCUAAUAACGUCACCCUCACCAGGCCAUCCUCUGCUCCUCCGGCCAUGUCUAUCCCAAACUGGACGAUGAACAGGCCUACAACCGCAGCCACUCCCGACCCUUCCAAGAAGCAAAAAAUAACCAUCAGUAUUCACAACAAGCUGUCCGCUCGCCAAAGUGUCUCUCACGCCAGCUGUACCUUGGACAACCCCAGCAAGCCUGCCCCGUCCUCGACCAUUUCCAGCCCUUCUGCUGUGCAAUCUACCUCAAGCGCACCUGCCGUGUCGGCUCCUAACCAAGUCCCCAAGCAAAUGCCUCCAAGCGAACCUUGCUCCACGUUGGUAGUGAAUGGCAAGUCCAAGCUUAACCCGAGCACGUUGGUCCCUUACGGGGCAGAAUCUUCUGAAGACUCCGACGAGGAGUCCAAAGGACUGGUGAAAGAGAACGGCCACGCUGCACCUCUCAACGGCAUUCUAGCUGAAAAUGCAGCCAGCGCAUUGGAGGGCACUUGUUUGUCGUGUCACAACGCCGAGAAGGAGGCUCCGCAGCACGAAGCGCCGAAAAACAUUACUGUUGUUGUUUCCAUUAGUAUAAACGAUGCCCCUAAACAAAACGGACAGAUAUGCAACGAUUCCACUAGCCAAGCAAAGCCUGCUAAAUCAGCCGAAAACCCGUUCUCCAAAGCAAAUGGGUUGCCUGGGAAAGGUGUGCCUACAACUUUGCCCCCAGUCCCUGAAGACAGGAUCUUAGACUCUUUCAGAUACAAUCAACUGAAAACCUCAUCUGGGGAAAUAAGUGGUAGUGGAACAGAAAAAACAGAAGGCCCUUCUGAAGAGGGAGCAGCCAGUACUCUUCCCAACAACAUCCAGAUUCAUUUGGCCCCUUCAGACCCCGAGAUCACUUCUACGACAGAAGACCCCUGUGAAAGGACUGUUGCCGAAACAGAGAGCACGCCUCUUGAGAGUGAUGGGCAGCAUGACCUUAAAUCCAGUUUGUUGGGAGCAGAAGAAGACUUCCCUAGGGAAGGUGACGUGGAGGACCAUCCUGAAAAGAUGAGGGGACCAAAAGAAGGGAAAGCAGCUUGGGAAAAGAGCCCUGACCCUGUCAGGGGAGCAGCAGAAAAAGGGGCGCAAAGCCCCCUCCUUACAAGGUCCGACGGUGAAUGUAAUUCUCCAAAGCUUGCCACUGUAAACGUGGCAGAAAAAUGCCAAGAAACACAAGACAGUGUGGAACGCUACGAGGAUGUCCCGCCUCCUGAUGAACCUUCCGUUACAAGGCUGGACCCCGUUGGAGGAAGCCAGUGUCUGAGGGACAACGGCAGAUUGGGAGAGAGCAGCAGCAGCAAACAGUUCAAAGGAAAUACAGAAAGGCAAGAAUUGAAAUCCCAUUCGCCCCUUAAGGAAAAAAUAUGCACCUCAAAAAAAAUAGACAAAGAGCACUACCGUUCCAAAAGGAAGCGCUCUGAAAGUGAGGAGGAGGAAGAGGAGGAGGCAGCAGUGGCCCCCCGGGGCCAGCUGGAAGGGCACCACCCCAAGAAGUGGUGCUCCUACAGCAGGGAGAGAGCCAAGCAGGAGCACUACCGGCGAGAAUACUACAAUGCAAACUCUUACAGAUUCCCAUGCAGCCCUGAUCCUGAGAGGGGCAUGGGGAAAUAUCCCUCUUACGGGUCUCGCAGCAGAGGCAAAACGGACCCUGAACGGAGCAGGCAUUGCUACGGGAAAGGGGAGCAGUCAUGGAGCAAGGAGCGGUAUUACCAAGAUGGCCCAAGGAGAUGGGAGAGCUGCAGGCCUUACGGCUACUACUAUUCUUCCCACGGCCCCAGGUACAAUCAGGAUAGGAAAUUCACUCACUGCGAGAGAGACUAUAGCAAAUCAAGUCAUGUUUACAGUAGCCCGUAUAAAUACGAUCAUCAUAAAAGCAGGUGGACUCACGACCAGGAAAGGAAGAAGAGGUGCCAGAGCCCCGAGGGGAGCGCGACCCCCCCGGAAAAGAGGCACUGGAAGCUCUCGCAGAGUGAGUCUCUCGAGGAACAAAGAGGGCGGAAGCACAAGAAGUCAAAGAAGAAGAAGAAGUUGAAAAGCAAACACAGAGAGAGAGAUUCCAGGUACCACCAGGAUUCGGACCCAUCUGUAUCCAGCUCCGAGGCCGAGACUCACAAGCAUAAACAUAAGAAGAAAAAGAAGAAGAAGAAGAAACGCGCAAAGAAAUCGGAAGAGCGUGCCGAAACGUCAGCUUCUCGUCUUCCCAAGCCGACCGGCUUGGAAACCAAGAAUCUCAAAGCAUGGGAAAUGACUGAGUCUUCUUUGGAGGCAUGUAGGAAACAGGGCAAGGGCCCCCAGGAUGGAGAGACUGUUUGCCAGAAAACCAAGAGCUUAGAAGGUAGCAACAGAGAGAGCUGCUGCCCACCUACAGAUCAUAACGUAGGUAAGACGCUUGGAGGGGGAUUUCCAUGUGGUGUCUGUAGAGCAGCCUUCGCUUCCAUGGUUUUGGACAAGCACCCCCAGUGGGGUGGAGCUGAUGACAGUAGCCACCCAAAAUCCCUGAAGGAUCCCCACACUGGCAGAAGUUGCUGUAAAGCAGCUGUCCCUCCCACUCCCUGGUAACCUCUGGUAUCCUCUUGUUUUGUUUUAUUACAUUUCUAUCUCAUAUCCUCUCAGAGGAGUUCAAGACAUAGCAUGGCACUGUUCCCCUUCCAUUUUAUCCUUACAAGGAUCUGUGUGAAGGUAGGUCAGGCAGAGCUUUCCACUUGGAAAUGGCCCUCCCUGGUCCAGCCUUGUAGCCACUAUACCACGCUGUCUGUGAGGUAACCUCUAGCAGGCAUUCCCACCCAUAAGGCUUAGUGGUCCUCCCUUUCGCUUUCAUAAACCUAGACAAUUCAUGACAGCAGUUUGGGAACCCAGAAUCAUGCCAAGGCUGCUUUGUCUGCGCUGCCUCAGAGCUCCCAGGCCAACCACAGGUCUGUCCCAACAUGUCACCAGCUCCCCAACUUCUAUAUCCAAAUAGAAAAUGGCUGCCUUCCUGACAAAUGAUUGCAUCAAGGUCCUAUUUAACCCGAGAAUCAACAAUGCAUGUUUCAUUAUGCUGCUAAUAACCUGAUGUAAUCCUGAACUUCCUCAGGUGGCUUCUAGGAACAUAGAAAGUUGCUUUAUACUGAGUCAUACUCUUGGUCCAUCUAGCUCAAUAUUGUCCACACUGACUGGCAGCGCCUGUCCCUGGCUUCAGACAGGAGUCUUUUGCCAGCCAGGAACUGACCCUGGGACCUUCUGCAUCCAAAGCAGAUGCUGAACCACUGAGUCUGGUGAGCAUGGUUUAUUAGGGAUCGUUUAUAAAACCUGCAAUGUUUCCUAGGUGCUGUACAAAGAGUUUAAAAAAUGAAACAGUCCCUGUCCACAAGCUUGCAGGCCAAUGAAUAUGUCACAAAAAGAGGGAAGGAAUGGGAAAACCAGCAAACUCUGGUACUAAUAUAAUUAUGAUGACAAGCUUGAAAGGAGACAUUUCAGGGAGGGGGUGGAGCCAAAUGGCAGCUGGUCUCUUAGCCAGAUUGAUGGAGAGUGGUCCCAUUUCACUCUCUGCUGCUGAUGGCUCAAGGAAAACAGGAAACAAUUCGAGGGUUAUUCAGUGCUGGAAUUGUCAGUGAUGCAGUUGUUACAGCUUGCUUGUGUGACACAGCACCACAAUUGUGCUGUGCCAAUAAGGAACUAGAUAAGAGCUCAUCUCGGAUCUAGGCAUCCAAGAAUAACCUGGUUCUUGUCUCUUCUUUCAGAUCCAGAGUGUCUGCUGGAAACCAUCCCUCCACAGCUCGCAGUAUAUUUAUAAACCGAAAAGCGAUUAACUCUUUAAUUCAUAAUUGGUGCUUCAGAAAUACUGUACAGAAUUUUACCAUUGAAAGAAACCCUUUUUUUUAGUUUUUACCUUGAGACUUUUUUUUAAAUUACCUGCAAUCCAAAAAAACAAAAAAAAACAAAAAAAAAAACGGAUGGAAACUUUCUACAACUGCUGAACAUCAUAAAAUAUACCCUGGAAUAGAACAUCUCAAAUGCUGCUUAGUUACAGACUCAGGUUGAUUGUGUUAUUCAUGUGAUGUUGCUCCAAGUCUACACACCUGGUGCAAAGGGGGCGAGGAAACCACAGAAUUAUCAAGCUGCAACUGAUAGUCUCUUAUUUAAUUUAAAGACUUAUUUAAAAAUUUCACAUACAACUAGAAUUUUUGCAAGAGCUUCAUCUGUUUUUUCUGUGAUGUCUGCUACUAGAAACUCGAUCCAUUCCCUCCCACCCCGUCGGAUUCCAGUCUUGGACUAUGUGAAACAUGCCGUUCGGACUCUUUACCAGUUUUUGAAUGUAUCUUAGAACACGUUUGAAGACCCCUCACCUGCUGCGGCCACUCCCAUGGAUAGGGCUGUCUCUCGGCCCUGCAAUGUCGCCAACCACCUGCCAGCUGGCCAUUUUCAGGGCGUUUGAAUGGGCAGGCUUGUCGUCUCCCCCAUGAACUUUUUAAGGCUGGUGCAGGGAUGUCUCUGGCAGAUGUCUGCCCCCUCUCCUUCUGUCCCUCCCACUACACUCUCUCUUGCUUGGUUUCAGUUUUCCUCCACUGAAGGCUUCUGCCUUUGGCUCUUUUUCACUCUGUGGGGCUUCCUCUUUCCUGUUCUAUGCACUUUCUCUCACUCUCCUUCCCCUACUCUCCCUCUCCCCCCCCCCCCAUGUUUAGCUUCUAUUUCCCUUGUCUCCUGUCUCUUUGCCUCUCCUUCAUUCCACCUUUGGCUCUUGCAGCUGCCUGCCCCAGCAUCUGUUCCACAGCUCUUUCAGGCGCCCACAGAUGAUGGCAGUGGCGGCACCGGGUCCCCCUGCAUCGUUCCAACAACAGCCAGCAGGAGCCAUCCUCAUACAUCCACUAUGUUUUUGUGUUUUACUAUAGCGUUGCUUGUCUUGACGGGGUCUCAGUUGUCUGGUCCUUGUCCCUUCAAAAGUUUCUAGUUACAGACACAUUCAUACUGUGAUUUAAUUUUUUAUGAUGAAUUGCUAUCAAACUGUGAUACACUUAAUUCACUGGUCCUGCAUCAGGAGACGGAGUGGGGAAAACUGUAUUAAAUACAGUUCAUCUGAAUAAUCUGUCUGGUUUAUACAAGCUGUGUUGUUCAGAGAUGUCUAAAGUUUGAUCUUUUGUUUUUUUAAAGAUAAAGCACUUGCCCCACUUGUAAAUAUAUGGCAUGUAAAAUUUAUAUAGUAUAUAAAUACAACAAGUCAAAACAAUGUUGCUCAAUGUACACGUUUCCAUCUAGUGUGUAGCGUUGUUUUCAUUUUGUUCUACACCAAUGACUUUUAACGAAGUUUAUAUUCUUGAUGCUCUCUACUCAGGCUGCCUGCUCAUGGUGGUAUUUGUAUAUCCCCAGCUAAGGGUAAAUCAUUUAAUGUAAUAACUACUCACUUAUUGUAUAGUGUGUGUGUCCUUUGGUUAAGUGAUACAGCAGCUGUAUAUUUUAUUCAAGAAAUUACACUCUGGUUGAUGUGCCAUUGCUGCAGUCGCAGAGAGCUAGCAUCUUGGCUGCUACAGGAUCAAGUUUUUGAAGCUUGUGUUCUUGAACUACCACUUCAUCAUCCUUGCCCGCUGGCUGUCUGGGGCUAAUGGAAGUUAUGGCCCUUCCAGUUGUUGGAGGACUACAGGUUUCCCACCCCCGUUUUAAAAUAACCCUUCAAGUGCAGA